UCCCGAUCCGUGAGUCGCAACAGCGCGUGGCAUUCAGUCCGUGUCACCCAGUCAGUCGCGGGAGGAGGAGGAGGAUCCAGUUCAGAUAUGCCGGUCCGCAUGAUGCUCUCACCCAGCUGUGCCUCCCUGGCUGCUGCAGGAAAACUGCUUGCAGUGGUUCAUCAGCCAGGUGACUUCCGUGCGGGUUCUACUUGUUGCGUGAGGAGGUGGGUUGUUUGCAGCGCUUAGCGCUGUUUCUGCUGUGUAUGGUGAGAGCAGGAGUUGGGACUGGUGAUGGCGGUUUGUUUUAUGGUUCGUGACGGUGUGGGUUUUAGUCCAAGACAAUGUGAUGGCGGCGGUUUGGGAAGGUGAAGGUGGUGGAUGAUGGAGUGGGGGGUUUAGUUUGGGAAUUGGUAGGUCUGGUUAGUCGGGACAGUCUACAGGUGGAAAUGGGGCAUCUUGAAGGAGACUCCAGUUGCAAGUUGAGAGAUCAGAGGGUGUGCGAGAUGAGCUGCGAUGACAAAGCUUGGAGCUGAGGAUUGGCUGUGGUGACAAAGCUUGGAUUUCGAGUCAGCUUUGCUGUUUGUGAAGUUUGCUGGCCUGGAGCGUGGGUGAAAUGCCUGGAGUCUUUGGAGGUUCGUGUCUUGUUGGAGCUCACAUGGUUUGAUUCUAGGAUUGGAAGCUCAAGAAUAACCGGAGCAUGGUGAUUGAGCUCAAAUCCUGUAGCCAGGUGAUUAUGUGAGCCUGUUUGGUUCUCAAAUUUGGAAUCGAAAGACAUUUCGGGUUUGUGGAUAGUUGUGUUGGCAGAGUUUUGAGGCUUACCUUGUGAAGCUCGUGCCAUAGCCAUGGCGAGAGAAAAAGAGCAGCGACGCGAGUCGCCAAUUUGGAUGCUUGCCGAUGAGAAUUUGCAAGACGUGCUGGCUCGGCUCCCGGAUCGCGUGGAUCGUCAGUCGUGGUGCCUGGUGUGCAAGAAAUUUCUAUCUGUGGAAGCCGCGGGUAGGAAGUAUGUGCAUUUGAUGCGUCCUGAGAUUUUAGAACCCGUAUUGCGACGAUACCCUCAAAUUGAGUGUCUGGACUUGUCGUCGUGCGUGGAGGUUACGGAUCAGUGCCUGGCGGCCGUCGCCAAGUUCACAAGCUCCCGGCUCAUUUCCAUCAAGGCCAUUAGAACGAAGGGGUUCACUAUUGCCGGGUUUAGAAGCCUCGUAGAAUGCCGUUUUCUGCAAGAUGUGGAUGUGACGUUUUGUACCCAAGUUGGAGAUGCGGAGGUGAUUGCCCUCAGCGAGCUCAGGCAUCUGCAGAAGCUAAAGUUGGAUUCUUGCAGGGAUGUUACAGACUCUGGAUUAUCAUCGUUGAGUAGAUGCAAAGGGCUUAGAAUUUUGGGGUUAAAGUAUUGUUCAGGACUUGGAGAUUUCGGCAUCCAGAAUGUUGCUAUCGGUUGCCAGCGGCUUUACAUUAUUGACCUUUCAUUCACUGAGGUUUCAGACAAAGGGCUAGCGUCCCUUGCCCUUUUGAAGCAUCUCGAAUGUCUCUCUUUAAUAUCAUGCAUCAAUGUGACUGACAAGGGCCUAAGUUGUCUCAGGAAUGGAUGCAAAUCGUUACAGAAGUUGAACGUGGCGAAAUGCCUGAAUGUGAGUAGCCAGGGAAUUAUUGAAUUGACGGGUAGCUCAGUGCAACUUCAGGAGCUCAAUCUAUCCUACUGCAAGCUGAUAAGCAACGUGCUGUUCGCUAGUUUUCAGAAACUGAAGACACUGCAGGUGGUCAAGCUGGAUGGUUGUGUUAUAGGUGAUUCCAAUUUGAGUUUAAUUGGCAGUGGAUGUAUAGAGUUGAAAGAGUUAAGUUUGAGCAAGUGCCAGGGUGUGACUGACGCCGGCGUUGUAGGCGUUGUGACCUCCUGCACUGGCCUGCAAAAGCUAGAUCUUACGUGUUGCCGGGACAUCACGGAUACAGCUUUGAAAGCUGUUGCAACAAGUUGCACCGGCCUGUUGAGUUUGAGAAUGGAAAAUUGUCUUUUAGUGACAGCCGAGGGUUUGAUUAUGAUUGGGAAAAGUUGUGUUUAUCUGGAGGAGCUUGACCUGACAGACUGCAAUUUGAAUGACAAUGGUUUGAAGUCGAUUGGUAGAUGCAGAGGAUUGAGGCUCUUGAAAGUUGGGUAUUGUAUGGACAUCACAUAUGCUGGACUUGCCAGCAUUGGUGCCACUUGCACGAAUCUCCGGGAAUUGGAUUGUUACAGGUCAGUGGGGAUCAGCGAUGAAGGAGUUGCAGCAAUUGCCAGCGGCUGCAAGCGUUUGAAGGUGGUGAACUUAUCUUACUGUUCAUCCAUUACAGACGCAAGCUUGCACUCACUGGCGCUGCUAAGUGACCUCGUGCAGCUCGAAUUACGUGCUUGUAGCCAGAUAACCUCGGCAGGAAUCUCCUACAUUGGUGCAUCCUGCAAGCACCUCCGGGAGUUGGACGUCAAACGCUGCAAAUUUGUGGGCGAUCAUGGCGUGUUGGCUCUUUCACGAGGAUGUCGAAACCUGCGGCAGGUCAACCUAUCAUACACCGCCGUGACCGAUGCUGGCAUGAUGGCAAUUGCAAAUAUGUCGUGCAUCCAGGACAUGAAACUAGUUCAUGUGAACGUGACAAGUAGCUGCUUCGCUAGAGCUCUCUUGGCAUGUGGCAGCCUGAAGAAGGUGAAGCUGCUCACUGGGUUGCGUAUUGCGUUACCUUCUGGGGUGAUCAGGCAACUUGAGAAUCGUGGAACCAGGUUGCGCUGGAUGGAGAAGGCUCCUUAAGAAACUUGUGUGGAUUUCAAACCACUUUAAAAAAAAUGAAUCCAAAUGUGUGCUUCAGUGCUCGUUGGACUAUGUUUUCUGGAGCAUCUAGGGGCGGGCAGCUAAUGUACUUUUUCAACAAUUCUGUCAGCCUUGUGAUGGCCUGAGCUUAGUAACGAGAAGGCAAUCUAUAGCCUCGCAUUGUCGCUGCUGGUGAAGAAUUACCCACCUGCUUGCAGGUUUGGCUUUUGGUCCUACUGAAAUGACUGGAAUGUGGGUAUAUUCUGAAUAUGAAGGUGCGCCGUUGCUCAAUUUUGAGCUCACAUUGUGAGCAUUCUGGAAGAGGUGGAGUUGGAUUAACAUUCAAAGUUAACAUAGGUUAGAUGAAGUUAGAUUACGAAGGUUUCAGUUCAGCUUCCAAAAUUUUAUUAGCUUGUUCUAUUAUAGUAAAGAUUGAUUUAUUGACACAUUCUCUACAUGGAAAAACAUCUUUUUAAAAUGUAGGACGUAAAGAAAUGAGCAUGAUUUAAUAUUUUGAAUA